AUGAACUGUAAAUGGAUAUAUGUAUUUAUUUUAUUCAUACGCAUCGGUGAUACUGCCGACGAUGAAGGAAAUGAAAUUGCAAAUCACAAAGCUUGGGAAUUUUUGGAUACCUUCGAUUGUGGAUUUAAUUUCGCCGAUCGUAUUAUUGGGGGAUUAAAUGCAGCACCAAAACAAUUUCCUUGGAUCACAAGACUGGGUUUUUCCACCCGAGAAGAAAAAGAACUAGAUUGGAUGUGUGGUGGUGCGCUCCUAUCUGACCGUCAUGUCAUCACAGCAGCUCAUUGCGUUGUGACCUCAAUUGAAGCUAAACUGGUAACAAUUCGUAUGGGAGAGUACGACACUAGAACAAACCCGGAUUGUCAACUUAAUAAAUGUGCCCCUCCAGUUCAAGAUCGCGGUAUAAAAACUAUAAUAAGUCACCCAAAUUUUAACAAGCCAGCUUUUCACAAUGAUAUAGCAGUCAUCGUUCUAGAUGAACCGGUAGAAAUGAAUGACUAUGUUAUACCAAUUUGCUUGCCACGAGAGGAGCAAUUACGUCAAUACCUAGAACUAGGCGAAAAAUUAAUGGUAGCUGGCUGGGGCAAAAUGAAUAUGACUACAGACGAAAGAGCUAAAAUACUACAAUAUGUAACUGUACCUGUCCUAAAGCUGGAAAUGUGCAAUACGUUUGGAAAGCGAUUCACUUUAGCCGAAUCGGAAAUUUGCGCGGGAGCACAAGAAAACAAGGACGCAUGUGGGGGAGAUUCAGGGGGUCCUCUUAUGAAGGUUUUCGACACACCAGAUGGACCUAAAAGCUUCCUAGUUGGAGUCGUAUCAUUUGGUCCAACAAUUUGCGGCAUAAGAAAACCAGGGGUGUACACAUCGAUCAAGUUUUUUCUCAUCUGGAUUCUUGAUAAUUUGAUAUAA